AUGGCGAUCACUACGUUCGGGCUCUCGUGCCUGCACGAGGCUGCGAGCUCCAGCGCUACUGCUCCCUGCUUCGACAUCGUCUUGGUCCACGAGUUUGGGGGUCACCCGGCCCGGACAUGGCAACCGGUUAUGGGCGGAGGGUGGCCGGAUGCCAGGGUUUUUACUUUUGGCUACAAUGACACUCUUCGCCAGCCCUACGGGCGCAAGGAGCUGUCGGAUCAUGCGGAAAGGCUGCUCUUAGAGCUUUCUCAACGACGGGUAGACGACACGAGGCUCCGCCCCAUCGUGUUCAUCACCCGCGGCGCCGGCGGUAUCAUCGUCAAGAAGGCCCUUAUCACCGCUCGACUCGACACGCGGUAUAGAGACAUUGGUUCCCUCACUCUCGGAGUCGUCUUCGAGGGCCUCGUUCACGAAGCCACGGACAUGUCCCGAGGGGAACCCACAAGGGACGUAUGGCAGUCAGAGGACGCUGAAGGGCUCAAAGAGAUAUCCGCGGCCUUUGUUCGCAUCCCAGGCCUUCUGCUCAUGAGCGACAUGAAAAUCGGUCCAGCUGCCAGCAAGGAUCCGAAGGUUACGGGUCACCCCCUGCCCUCCGGUCCGGACGGGCUGCCGGCCUCCGGAUUAUUGUUCGAGGUGGUCAAGCGGAUGCAGGAGUUACCCGAGGCGAAGAUGGCCCUAUCGGCCGAGUUCCCUCGAGUGCUGCAGCUGCUCCGCCCCCACAAAGUGCGCCAGGAACAAGUGUCGAGGCCGCCUACCCCGGGCACGUGUUCCUGGAUCGAGGGAAGAGACCGAUUCAAGGAAUGGUUGGACCAAGACCAGGCCAAGCGCUUGCUGUGGAUUUACGGGGACAUGGGUUGCGGGAAGACAUACCUCGGCAGGUACAUCGUGGGGCUGGUUUCGGAUCCGUCACCAUCCAAGGAUAAACGUUACCAGCCCCAGACAGUAGCCUACUGCUGUCUCGGGGACAUGGCCGGCGGGUACAGAACGCCCGAGUCGGUGCUCGCGUGGCUGCUUCACGACCUUCUCGUGGCCCAGCCGGAGCUGGCACACGCCGCUAGGCUCAAGCAGGCCAAGCCCGUGUGCGAUCUUACACCCUACGAAGCCCAGCAGCUCUGGGGGCACGUCGUCGCCGAGGCAACCAAGGGUGGGCGUCGCCUAACGCUGGUCGUCGACGAGGUCGACAAAUUAGAUGUCGGGGAGGGCGACCCCAACAAGUUUUUCGAGUGCAUCACUUGCCGCGACCUCUCCUCCAUAAUCGGCGAUAGGGUCUGGCUGCUAGUCCUCUCCCGCCCCCAGCCAAGCCUCGAAGCGGCGCUUAAGACUGCUCGCUUCUCCGAGUACCGCAUCACGCCAGAUGAUACGACCCCCGACAUCGAGAAGACCACCAAUGAAGUGCUGGACGUCGUCCGGAUGCACCCCAACGGCUCCACCAUCGCGGACGACAUAAAGCAGCAGAUCAAGACAGGUGCCAGCGGCAUGUAUCUCUGGGCCCGGGUCGCACUUGACGACGCCGUAAAGAGAUUGGUGUCGGGCAACGGGCAAUCGAGGGACGAGCUGGCCACUGGAAUCUUUCCGCUUUUCGAGCAAUUUCUCGGGGAGAUUUCCAAGGGGGGCAACCAGGAGGACAAGGAUUUCCUUCAGAAUAUUAUAUUCUGGCUGACUUACCAAGCCGAACGCAUGCGCGAACCAGAACUGCUGACGGCAUGCGCCCUAGUUAGCAGAGUCGGGGGCGUCCAAAACUGUGAUUGGGACGAGGUGGACUCUAACGACCCCGAGGUCGAUGCCUUUUGUGGGAAGCAUCAGAGUCUGACACGGGAGGUCCGAGACCGAUGUGCCCCGCUAGUUAGGGUCUGGUCCGACGGGCUCAUCGGGGCCGUCCACCACUCUCUGCGCGAGUACCUCCGGAUGACGACCCCUCCCCAAUCGCCCCACCCCAACCACGGGCUGUACCACUGCAACGAGAAGAACUCCAACAAGAACAUUAGCCUCCUCUGCGCCGACUACCUGUUCCAACACGAGUCCGAAGCACCUGGCGCCGGUGAUUGGGCCCCGACCGAAGAGCACCCGGCGUGGCCCGAAGAGGUCGAAGAGCGCGUCCUGGCCCACCCGUUUAUCAGGUACGCGUCGCUCUUCUGGAUCUACCACGCCCGGAUCUCCGGCAGCCCGUUUGAUGCCGACCUCGCGCAGUGGAAUGAGCCCAGGCAUCGCCGGCUGCUCGACUUUCAGGACGGCGAUCCCCGCAAAGUGUGGUGGACCAAGCUGUCUCGGAGCAAGCUGUCUCGGAGCGAGCUGCCUUAG